GCGGCACCCAGCUGCUGGAGAGAAGGGGGAGUGACUUGCAUCACAAGGGGACGGCGGACUCGGCAAAGAUUUAUCUCUGGCAUCGCAUGACGAGCUGACUGAGCGAGAGAAGGACACUGCAAGAACUCGAGAUGAACUCGUCCGGCACCGCGAGGAGGAACCCGUUCGUCAGGCCAUGGAUGACCGAGCAUGGUGCUGCCGCCGCCGCCGGAGGGGGCCAGGGUGUCAAGGGCAUCAUCGCAGGAGGGAUUACUGGCGGCAUUGAAAUAUGCAUUACAUUCCCAACCGAGUACGUCAAGACGCAGCUACAGCUGGACGAGAAAUCCGGCAAAGGUGGCACCAAGCAGUACGAUGGCAUUGUCGACUGCGUCAAGAAAACGGUCAAGCAGCGGGGCUUCUUCGGACUCUACCGUGGCCUCAGUGUCCUUCUCUACGGCUCAAUUCCGAAAUCAGCCGUCAGAUUUGGUGCUUUUGAAGAGUUCAAAAAGCGCAGCGUCGAUUCCAAAGGCAACCUGAGUCCAGGUGGGCGCCUGCUUUGUGGUCUCGGUGCCGGAGUGUGCGAAGCAAUUUUCGCUGUUACGCCCAUGGAGACAGUCAAAGUCAAGUUUAUCAACGACCAGCGCUCGCCUAACCCGCGCUUUAAAGGAUUUUUCCACGGCGUUUCGUUGAUCAUCAAAGAACAAGGCAUCAGGGGUACAUAUCAGGGUCUGUCAGCCACCAUCAUGAAGCAGGGCAGCAACCAAGCCAUCCGGUUCUAUGUGAUGGAAACGUGCAAAGACUGGUACCGCAAGGGUGACCCGAAUGCCCACGUGCCAAAGCUGGUGGUGGGCGCGUUUGGUGCCGUCGCCGGAGCAGCCUCUGUCUUCGGAAACACUCCCAUCGACGUCGUCAAGACCAGAAUGCAGGGUCUUGAUGCUCACAAGUAUAAAAACACUGCCGACUGCGCUCUACAGAUCUGGAGACAUGAAGGACCGAAAGCGUUCUACAAGGGUACGGUGCCUAGGCUGAGUCGAGUGUGUCUCGACGUGGCAAUCACCUUCAUGAUCUAUGACUCGUUCAUGGAGCUGUUCAACAAGUUCUGGAAGUGAAGCGCAUCAUAACCGCAAGCCAACGUUAGAAGUUACUCGUCUGCGGUUUUGGAACCAGUAUUUGUCCCCUAAUUAUGGCUUUUGCAAGUGCCUAAACUAAAUCCCAUCAGAAAUUUUAUAUUCCCUAACCGCAGACUUGCUCUAGACUGGCCUAGGUCACUGACACAUAUUCAACACUUGCACCUGAUUGGCCGGCGCAGUAGUAAUUAAUCAUCAUUCCGCAAAAAUGCAUUUUUGUUUUGAAACAUAUAUAUAUAUUUUUACGACCGAAUUGCUUAUCUAAAUCCUAAAUAGUUAACAAUUUGAGAUGUUAAAUAAUUUGCCAACAAAUAAUAAGACUUGAAAUUUUUGCACUAUGACAGAAAUGAUUAGCUUAGUGAAUGUUAAGUGUUGAAGAGAAAUAUAUUAUAUUUGAAUGCACUGCGUAAAUUGUUCUCUACUUCAGACUUCUUUAAUUGUAUGUUUUGCAUUUUUUGUCACCAUGUUCAUUCCACAAUCUAUUCUGUAGUGAUAUCUAUUGUUAUACUUUUGUGUUCGAUUGGUUAUUUUGUUAUUUUUUCCUUCCUACC